UUUGUUUUUAGCUUAGCUGAAAGCACACGAGCGGCAUUGUAACAUAGUGAGAAAAUAACUUAAGCUUGCUUUUUGUCUGGAAAAUUCAAUUACUUUUAACAUUCCCGCAAACCUCCGCCACCCCUGUAUCCCGUCUGAAGUUGACUUGCUGCCAUGCCGGUGCACCGUGACCGGGAGAAGAAGGAGAGCACAGCAGAGGAGAUGGAGGUGGAGGAGCAAGAACACGAGGCAUCCAGCACAGAGGAGGAGGAUUCGGACACCUCCUCCGUCUCAGAAGAUGGAGACAGCUCUGAAAUGGAUGAGGAGGACUGUGAGCGGAGGAGGAUGGAGUGUCUGGAUGAAAUGUCCAACCUGGAGAAACAAUUCACUGAUCUCAAAGACCAGCUGUAUCGGGAGCGUCUCAGUCAGGUGAACAGUAAGCUGGCAGAGGUGGAGGCUGGUCGAGCAGCAGAAUAUUUGGAGCCUCUGGCAGUACUGCUGGAAAACAUGCAGGUCCGCACCAAGGUGGCAGGUAACUUUAACCCACACACACACACACAGUCUUACACACUCUGGUCUCCUUAUUCACUCUCACUUUGUUGUCUCCUUCUGUCUUUGUCAGGUAUCUACAGAGAGUUGUGUUUGGAGUCUGUGAAGAACAAGUAUCAGUGUGAGAUCCAGGCAGCAUCCCAGCACUGGGAGAGUGAGAAGCUGCUGCUGUUUGAUACAGUUCAGAGUGAACUGGAGGAGAAAAUAAGAAGACUGGAGGAAGAUAGACACAGCAUAGACAUUACAUCAGAGCUGUGGAAUGACGAGUUGUCAGGGAGGAAGAAGAGGAGAGAUGCUUUAAGUCCUGAUAAGAAGAGGAGACGACCUUCAGUGGUGUCUGGUCCAUAUAUUGUCUACAUGCUGCCUGACUUGGACAUCCUGGAGGACUGGACAGCUAUCAGAAAGGCUGUGGCGACGCUGGGUCCUCACAGAGGGAAGACCGACUCGGACAGCCCUGUGUUCCCAUUCAGACCAGACAGAAACAGACCCAUUCUCAACUGCUGAAGCACACAGACACACACAAAACAUGCAAACACACACAGCAGCAUUCACUUCUCCCAGCAUGAGAAACAUGCACACACACACACACACACACACACACAAACGAACAUUUCUCUGUAUCUUCCCAAAAUCCUCUUUAAACUCCUCAGCGAACAACAACCACAGCCUCGUUUGUUGGCGACACCAGUCGGUAAGCUGCUUCUCGUGCCAACCAGCACACAACAACAACAACAAGGACUCACGGGUGCACCCCCCCCCCCCUUUUUUUUUUUUUUUUUGAAAGGACAAACAGGAACAGAAGCAUUAUUUGUCCCCACUGACAAGUUAGAUAGCAGUGCUGAGUUGUGACGUGGACUCUGGAGAUGAUUGCACCAUGUUAUUGAAUUCUAAGUGUUCUAUUCUGUUCACACAGUGCAGGAGGAGGAGGAAGAGGAGGAGGAGGAGGUUUUCCUAUUAACAGAAAGUUACAUGCAAAUGAAUGCUUUCACUCCAAAAAUGAGACACACACAAUCUGAUCACCAAUACAUGCUUGGACGCUACUUAUACAUCACCUUUGAUUUGACCAUUUUCAUACUGAACAUUAAAAGAAAUUAUUUUAGACUUUAGACUUUUUAUGUUUUACUCCCAGUUUUGUAUUAUUGCCAGGCUGUAAAAAAAAACAACAAAGCACCCAAAAAAACACUGAUGCAGUACUAUUAGUUACAUUGGACAAUACAUAUAUGAAAUCCUGGUUAUAUAUACUGUGUUAAUGACUGAUGCCUUCAAGAACUGUUAAUUGUAGCAGCACACAGUUAAUCUGGCAUGAAAGUAAAACACUGCUUAUCACUAAAGCAGGUAUGAAGUCAUGUUUUGGACUGAAAUCGUUCAAAUGCUUUCCUUGUAAAUUCUUUUCAGUAUCUGUUUACAUGCUGAAAAUGUUGAUAAUGGGCAGUCUCAGUGGAAGUUUUUAGUCUUCAGAGAAUCUAGUAUUUGGUGAGUGUGCCAAAAGGCUAUAGUCUUUACACACUAAGAUAAUCUGACAGUAUACUUCAAUUAAAUUAAACUGAAUUCAUGAAGUGUUUGUUUCACAGCUAAAGUGACACUUGUAAGACUUUGAGUCAAGUGGAUGUUUUUUUGCCCAGUUGUCUGAGCACUGUACUCACCACUACUUCAGGAGCCAUUGCAAACAUUUCAACUUGAGUUUAGUUUGGUGUGACUAGGAAGGUUUCUUAGUCACACCAGACCAGGACGAGGGUCGACAUGUUUCAUCUUAACGUUAUCGAUGAAGCUUCCACAACAGUCAUACAGGGAAAUGGCCGUUAAUACUGUACAUGAUUAACCUGGUCCAUUGUGCCAUUUUUAUUUUAUUUUAUUUUAUUUUUUGUAUUUUUUUUAAUGUGGGUCAGUUUAAAUAUAUUAUGGGAGACUUAUAAUUACUUUUUUUUUUAAAUGAUGUUUUGAAUAUUUAGGUGGUGAUCAUAUGACAGUUUGUACAGUUUUUUGUUGUUUCACUCCACUGUGCCUACAUUUCUAGUUCAGUUCAGGAAAAAUGUCAUGUUUCUUUUGUUUCAAUGAAUUUUUUUAUUUUUUAAGGAAUUACAGUUUGAGAGCUGCGAUAGCGGUUGAGACAAACUCAACCUAGAUCAUUUAAAUCUUUGAUCGCAGCAAUUAAAAUACAAAGAUCAGGAGAAAGAUUAGUCAUGUGACCAAGAUGAGGCGCUUUCAAGAAGGGGUUUCCUUAAUUGUUCAUGUAUGUAUUAGAUUUCAGGUUUUUACCUCUUUACACUGCUGUUCUUGCUGGUAACAUGUUAAACUGGGACAACAGCAUCGCAAGCAGGUGUCAAUAAUGAGAGAAGUCAUGAUAACAUAUGAAAAAAUAAAACAGUGAAUUAUCCCUUUUUAAAGAAGUUAAAGUUACCCAGGUAUUAUUGGUACAUUCUCUGCUUACAUAUCUACCUCUUCUCUCUCUCUCUCUUUUUCUAUGUCACACUUCUUUAUUACUGAUGAACACAACAAUUCUUCCAUCUCGACGAGCAUCCUGACAAGAAGUACUGCUCGUUUCUAAAGCUGACUAAAUGGAUUUAAUAGAUAGGGUUUUAGUUUAAAGCCUGCAGUGAUGGUGUUUAAUUGUAAAGACGUACAACAAAGCAACCAGACUGUAGGAGAAACUGACAUGUUCUUCCAAUCGUACCCCAUCACUGAAUAUUCACACUUAUAUCCCACUGUUUAUAAAAGGAUGAUGAACAAACUGCCAUUUGAUAGUAUUGAUUUUAUAAAGUGAGAUAUUGAGAUGUUAAGGUGAUGGUGGUGAUGUGUCUGUCAUUUUUCACAAGGUCAUGUGAAGUAAUGUGUCAGGUACAUUAUUUUCUUUCUCAUGGAUGAUGUGGAUGGGAUGUUUUACUAUUAAAAUCUGU